AUGGCCGUGGCAACAGGUGCUCAGCUGAUCGCUCGGACGCUGCGCGAUGUGGGCGUUGAUGUUAUCUUCGGCAUUGUAGGAAUCCCCGUGGUGGAGAUCGCCGAGGAAGCUAUCAACCUGGGCAUUCGCUUUGUAGCGUUCCGCAACGAGCAGGCAUGCAGCUAUGCAGCCAGCGUCUAUGGGUAUAUGACGGGACGGCCAGGUGUCUGUCUCGUCAUUGGCAAUGCCUCCGCGAAUAACUUCCCACUCCUUGUUCUCGCCGGGUCGGCCGAAACGACCGCUGUCACUAAGGGAGCCUUCCAAGAGAUGGAUGCCAUCUCGUUCCUGACACCUCAUACUAAGUUCGCUGUGCGAGCGUCGUCGAUUGAUUUCAUCCCGGGUGCUGUGAAAAACGCCUAUAGGACUUGCUGGUAUGGUCGUCCCGGGCCGACCUUUGUCGACUUACCUGCCGACAUCAUCCAAGGCAAAUCAGCCCCAGGGUUUCGUCUGCCAGAGCCAGAACGCUUGCUGGUCCCGUCGCCGCCGAAGGCGAGCGGCGACCCAGCAUUGAUCCUCAAGGCUACCCAACUGCUGAAGACGGCACGCUCGCCGCUCGUAAUCAUUGGCAAAGGCGCCGCAUAUGCCAGAGCAGAGUCCGGAAUCGGACGCUUAGUCGAGCAAACGCAGAUCCCCUUCUUGCCCACGCCAAUGGGAAAGGGUGUCGUGCCAGACUCCCAUCCACUGAAUGCAUCCAGUGCACGCAGCACUGCCUUGAAACAGGCAGACGUAGUCCUGGUCCUCGGCGCACGCUUAAACUGGAUCUUGCACUUCGGUGAAGCGCCCAAAUGGUCCCCCAAAGCAAAGAUCAUCCAAGUGGAUAUCUGUGCGGAAGAGAUCGGACGCAAUGCCGGCACAGCAGAGCUAGGUAUCGUUGGAGACAUCGAACUAGUUGUGGACCAGUUGGUAUCAUCACUGUCAAGUUGGCGGUACGCUCCUUCUCCCGCCGAAGGCCAGUUCCCAUCACUCCUGGCCGAGUCAGCAAAGAAGAACGAAGCAAAAGCCCAGAAAGCGGCGCUUCGACCCACCCCCCAGAACACCCCGUUGACAGGGAACAUCGUAUACGUCUCAGAAGGUGCCAACACUAUGGACAUAUCUCGUUCGAUGUUCCCUCUCAACCAUCCCCGUCAACGCCUUGAUGCCGGUACAUAUGCCACCAUGGGCGUUGGCAUGGGAUACAUUGUCGCAGCCCAUGAAGCAUACAACGCGCCAUCGGGCACCACCAGGCCCAAGAAGAUCGUAGCUCUGGAAGGCGACAGUGCGUUCGGCUUCAGCGCCAUGGAAAUCGAGACAUUGGCACGCUACAGAAUUCCAGCGUUGAUAUACGUAGUCAACAACUCUGGAAUCUACCACGGAGACACCACGACAGAGGAUGCCUGGAGGACCCUGCAGGAUCAGACCGCAGCCAACGACACGAAAUCAGACGACGGAAAGAAGGGACUACGCUCCACUAGUCUGUUGUACGAAACGCGGUACGAAAUGCUGGCCACCAUGUGCGGUGGAAAGGGGUACUUCGUCCGUACCGAGGAAGAACUUGAAGCUGCUACGCGCGAGGGAUUCUCAAAUGAUACGGUCACGGUGGUGAACCUUAUUGUUGAGCCUGGCAUCGGGAAGAAGAUUGGAUUCGCAUGGCAGGGAAAUAGUGCCCAAGAUGGCCAAGCUAAGCUGUGA